UUCUCUUAAGAUCCACACGUCUUUGCUAGUCGUCAGGAUACGUCGUCAAACGGCGGGGAAAGGAGUAUUUUUCCUUUAGCUGCUACGAGAGCCAUUUUACUUCGAAACAUUAUCUUAUUUUAAUACGAAUUCGGAGACAAAAGACAUUUAGAGACUUUGUCGUUUGACUCGGCGGGCAAGUAAGCUUUAGCAGACCGGUGUUCAACUGAAAGCCAAAACGUUUAGUUUCGCCCCCCAUCAUUUUCUUUUGGAACAUUACGGUACUGUAAUUGUAUUUAAAUUACAGUUUCUAGACGGAUUUUGGAUACUUGGAGAAACAGUUUGGGUUUAAAUCUCGAAACUGUUCGAUUCCAAAUAUAGCCAGCGUUAAUACUAGAGCGUCCUUGACGUGCAAGAGUGGAUAUUUGCAGCUUUGCCAAAGUUUAUAAUUACAUAGUCGACCGCAUUGUGGCCCAUUAUCGCUAGCUUAUUUUUUAAACAUCGCUUUGUAAUUUGUUGACUUCAUAAUUAGUCGUUUUUUGAUUUUUUUUUUAGUGCUUUUCAAUCCCUUACAAUGACUUUUAGUGCUUGUAUGAGCGCCACGGUUCGCCUCUCCUUGCUGCUGCUUUUGCUGACUUCAACGGUGCUCCGUGCUGAGCCCCAGCAAGCUCACCAGGAGGCCGGAGAAGCGAGCCAGCCGCCGGUCACCCUCCGCAGCUUGUUCCGCGGAAGCAGCCAGGAGCUCCAUCGGUACGUGGAGUCACUCGUGGGGGCUAGCGCGAUCCGAUCAGCUGCUGAGAGUGCACUCUUGUCUCUAGAGUCACUGCUUGGUCAGGAGAACAUCUAUUCAGUGGUCAUGUUUGUGCAGAUGGCGAUCCGCUUCCUGGCCGAAGGCGCCGCCAGCGGCCUCAACGUCAUCGCCGUGUACGUCACAGAGAUACUCCGGGUCACAGGAUUCGACGCUACCUUGACGCUGCCUCGUUUCACCCCGGAGGGCGUGACCACGGUGGCUCAGUGGGGGGUCCUGGCUGUCAUAGGCUACUGGGUGCUGACCGUCGUCCUGCGUUUGGUGAUCGGCGCCCUGCGGCAGGUCUUCUGGCUCGUCAAGAUGGCCACCGUGCUGUGGCUCUUCGCCAUGAUCGUGAGCGACAAAAGCGCCAGCGCCGACACUACGGCAGUGCGCCUCGGCGGCCUGGUGCUGGGGUACAUCCUGGUCACUUUGCUGACCUCCAGCUCGGACAACACCGGCGCGCUGGAGCAUCGCCUGAGGAGCCUGGAGGGCAGAGUGAAGGCGGUGGAGAAGAGGAAAGGCAACCAGUGAAGGAAGCAUCGGACACGGCUGUCAAUCUAUUCUGGGUAAUAAAGUGGAUUUUUAAUCAGAAACGAAAAUGGCGUAGAUGUUUCGGUAAGAGACUUAUCGAAGUGUCCUACAACCUUUUAUUGACAUCAAACAUGUUGAAAGCUUGAUAGCACCUGUUUGGUUUCUUAUUGCUGUCAGCUGAGAGCUUUAUCUGAUCCGCCAUCUUCACUUCACUCUCCCCUUCUCACUAGUCUCAAGGUGAGUCAAGUGGGACAGCAAAGAACCGUAUCGCUUGCUACCCUUUUAGUACAGGGGUGUCAAAACUCGAUGAAAACAAAGAAUGUGGGCAAAAAAAAAAACAGCCUGUGUCCACUUUCUCGUAUGAGAACCAACAUUUAAACCUUUUCUUCUUGCAUGACGCCAAAUUUACAAACCAAAUCCAAAAACAGCGUUGGGUGUUAACAGCUUUAAUGCACAAUUUAUUAGACACAUUAUACAUAUUUUUGCAAACCAAAUGUUAGUAAAGUGAUCACAGCUCAUUUACCGGCACCACAGUAGAGUAGAAAGUAGAACCCAAAUGGACACAACAUUCAAUAAACUGCAUAACUUCUUUUACAAGAUGAUUCUAGGAGUCUUGAUCUAUUUAAAAAAAAAAAAAAAUCUGAUAAAAAAAAAUGGCUUCCAAACAUGAGGUAGUAUUUUACCCUCAUUAGGGUAUUUUAUUCCUGUUCAGAAGACUUUAAACGCUGCACAAACUCAAUAUGAAUGAAAUAUAAAAGCUGUUGUACAAGUAGGCACAAGUUGUGUUGAUUUGGUGGGAAAAAAAAAAAAAUUGGUCCUGAGCGUCUGAGGAUUGAGCAAGUUUUGUUCCAUAAAGGUUCAUUUCUAGAAACCACAAAAUGAGCAUUAGAAUAGUUUACAAAUAUAUGAAAUGUAACAGCAAACAUGAUAUUGUAAAGCUUGUAUAAAAAAAUAAAAC